CGGAUUUGGUCCACCAGGCGAUGAGAGCGAUCAUCCUACAACACCCGCCUGAGCCAGAUGCGGCCAGACCAAAAUUAAUGAAUUUAAAAUUUGAGCUGGCGAGAGAAGCGGAGGAGAGGUUCGAACCCACGUUAGCGAUGAAAUUGGAGGAUGGAGAAUUGUACAACGUUGAGUUUGUUUACAAAAACACUCCCUGGUGUAAGAGAUGCCGAUGGUGGUACCACACGGAUACGGAUGGUUGUCCAAGGGCAGAUGAAGAGGAGGAGGAAGAGGCGAACAAAAGAACGGGAGGAAGUGAGAGGAACCGUAACCAAAGAUGGAAUCAAGGGGAAAUUGUAUUUCAAAGAGCAGUAAGGGAUGCAGCGAGGGAUGUCGCAACCAGACAAGAGGAAGGUGGUCUGAAUGGUGUUGGUUUGAGAAGAACGGAUAAUCACCCUGACCCGGUAGGCUCGACAUCUCAGGGGAGAAACGCCGGUACAGACAGCAGAGGGCUGUCAGUCCCUUGUGCAGCAAUCCCUACCAACGGAGAAGGAAUGGGUGGGGGAGCAGUACCCGGCACGGGAUUAGGCAGGCCUGGGGGGACGGAGGUAGGGGGUGUUUCGGGAGCAACGAUGGCGUGGAUGCAGUACCCAGGUCAAGGCGACCCCUACUUACGUAAUCUCCAACAGAACCCCAUGUUGCAGCAACCUCAAAUGGGUUAUAACCCAUACGGCUAUUGGUCGGGACCUGGCUUUCUUGGGAUGCAGAUGAUGUCCUCUCAACUCCCAUAUCAGGCGCAGUUGCCGGGAGGAGAGACCGCCGGGGUAGCGAUGAGACAGGCUGGUGGUCUACCGGGACAAUACCAACAGACGGAGAUGGGGGCAGUCAAAGAAGUGGAGGUUGACCAGCAAGGCAAUCAGGGCUAUGGAAGUGGACGGCCGAGCUCUUCUCAACGGUCGAGUGCAGCUUCAGGGCAUGGUGGAGGCGCAGUAGUGGAACGAGAGUACCAGAUCCCAGAAGGAGUCUCGACCAGGGGGGCAGAUGAUCAAGAGUAUGACGAAAAGUUUAUUCUUCCGUUGGUAUGCACCAUGUUGGGGCAGAAAGCUUUUGUUCUUGGCCUUAUACAUAGGAAUGGUCAAACCAUUCUGCCAGCAGACCCAAUCUGCGGAAUUCCGGGACCCGAGUUAAUGGAAGCACGAGUGAAACAGUUAUAUGCAGACAGAUUCUGUUUUCGUCUUUUUCCGGAGGACAUGGUUUCGAAAAUCACGAUUGACACACCAGCGGGCAAGCGAAUCAAAUUUUUUAUUGUGUUAAUUGAUGCAAGGAUCCCAGUACCGCAUUGGGCAGGCCUCCCGUCGGUGGGCCUCACGUGCAUUUCAUUACGAGUACUGCUGGAAGAAAACUCUGUUGAACUGUCCAGUGUGCUGGUGGAACCAGGGGUAGCAACAGAUUUUCUGAAAGCUCUCAAUGAAAAGAUGCCAUUGGAUAAGAAUCUGGAAUUAGGGUACAUUCAGGAAGUACUGCAGGAAAAGUGGCAGAGUGAAUCUCCAUUACAGGGGGAAGUGCAAAGAGAAAGGGUUAUCACUGAGCGUAUCCAUGACGCCAACGCUCCAGGAAGUCAUAAUGGUCAGGAUUAAAGUGGCGGCGUGGAACGUUAAGGGGUUAGGGGACACAGGGGGAAAGCAGAAAGGGAGGAGGCUCAAGUCAUGGAUGCACGAGAAAUAGGUGGACAUCAUGGUCUUGCAAGAAACGAAGCUCUCGGAAGGGAAGUUGGCACAGCUAAGGGGUUGGUGGGACAGCCCCCAAUUAUGGUCGCCGGCGAGUGGAUCGAAAGGGGUACAACUAUCCUAGUGCACAUCAGAUUAGACGCAAAGCUCGUUGACUAUGACGCUGAUAUGUGGGGGAUGUGGGUGUGGCUUAAGCUGCGGUGCGAAGGGUUAGAGGUGGUGGUGGCCACGGUCUACGCUCCGAACGAAGCCAGGGAUAAAACUGAUUUUUUCAA